AGACCAACGGAAAGGUUGAACACGUCCAGAAAAAGGCGCCGACGCCCUCCCCCACCUCCUUUCGACUCCGUGCUUUCCUUCUGCUAGGCUCUUGCGCACUGUCUGCCGCAUGGUUCAUCCAUAACUCGGGAACAACGGUCUUACCCGAAGCGUAUGCUCUUUGUUCACGUGAGGCUUCUGGUAUCUACACUGUCGAUGACGCGAAUUCUGUCGUCCAAUGUAUGGUGGUGAGUGAUUCGCACAUCAUGGAUACGGGCUCCUUGGAGGACAUAAAGAGUCGUUGGGGCAUCCUUAAUGCGUCUAGUUCACCUUUGCAUAUUCGGUACAUCAAAGAUGGAUCUAUCGUCUUACCCGGCUUAAGUGAUUCCCAUGCUCAUAUUCUGGAGUAUGGUGCCAGUCGCCAGCUCUCACUGGAAGGAGGCAAAACCAUCAAAGAUACUGUUGCUCUUGUCAAGAGGUACAUCCUGGAAAACGCUGAUGUGCAAAAGGACAGGUCCAGAGUCAUCGAAGGCUGGGGUUGGGAUCACACGUCUUGGCCCGUCGAACAAUGGCCACACAUGGAUGACUUUGAGAAGGACCCCAUUGUCAGAGGACGUUCCAUCAUUCUACAGAGCAAAGAUGGUCAUGCACUCUGGAUUUCCCCUCACGUUCUCAACACUAGCUUGCCUUUUCCCAAUGAAGUAGAAGGAGGUGUGAUUGUCCGCGAUGAAUUUAGAAACCCGACUGGUGUUUUACUCGACAAUGCACAAGAAUUGAUCCAAAAACCACCACUAACUGAAGAUGAUCUCCUUAAACGCUUUGCAGCCACGGUCAAGGAUGCCCUCGCAAAUGGUCUCACUUCGGUCCACGAUGCAGGUCUCAACCCUCUUUCGCUUGCUUUCUUUAAAAGACAAGUUGCGGCAGGGAACAUGCCUAUUCGUAUUUAUGGCAUGACGUUUUUUGAAGAAAACGGUCCAUACUGGGGGAAUUUGUCCAAACCUAUCAUUGGAGCUAGCAAUGGCCGUUUCAGCGCGCGCAGUGUGAAAAUUUUCGCGGAUGGAGCUUUGCGAUCGGGCGGCGCUGCGUUGUUCGAACCUUAUCACGAUAACCCAGAGACUAAUGGGUUUAUGCGAUUGGAUCCUGCGGUCUUGUAUGACGUUAUCCCUCGGUUUUUAAGCGAUGGUUGGCAAGUUAAUGUCCACGCUAUCGGAGACCGCGCAAAUUCCAUCGUCUUGGAUGCCUUUGAAUCUACCCUAAAGAAUGUCAAUGUUACUGCUUUAAGACCGCGUUUAGAACAUGCUCAAAUAUUGACGGAAGCUGAUAUGGCCCGUGUCGGAAAACUCGGAGUAAUUGCCAGCAUCCAGCCCACACAUGCUAUCAGCGAUAUGUGGUAUGCCGAGGAUCGUCUUGGACCUGAACGUGUGAAAGGGCUUUACGCCUUCCGAUCGUUGAUCAAUCAUGGUGCAAGGCUUGCAUUGGGCUCAGACUUCCCUGUCGAGGACAUGAAUCCACUUUCUGGGUUCUAUUCCGCUGUGACAAGGUUAUCAUUUGAUGGGCGCUCUCCUCAUGGUACUGCAGGCUGGUUCCCAGAUCAAAGGCUGACUCGUCAAGAAGCGCUGAGGGGUAUGACGAUCGACGCAGCAUAUGCAUCUUUCACCGACAGCGAAGUCGGUUCUUUGGUUCCGGGGAAGCGUGCCGACUAUGUGGUUCUGUCACAGGAUAUCAUGACUGUCCCAGUAGGACAGAUCCUCGACACGAAAGUCUUUGCGACUGCCAUCGACGGUCGACCUGUGUUCGGUGAAAUCUAAAGUGACCAGGAGGUGUAGAGCUUCGCAAUUACUAUUUUUGUCUGACCAUAUGCGUGCUAUUGUCUGAAUUGUGUUUUAUGCUGUUGUGCUUUAGUAUAUGCUUCUUCUUUCACGCUU